AUGGCUGGACGCGAUUCGAAGAUUGAACUGGCUGAGGACUGUGAGAGGUGCCUGUACCCGACCUCCAUACCCCCAAAGGCUUAUCUCGAGAAGCCCGGCGUCAACGGCAUUGGCGUUGUGCAUCUUGACCCGGAAAACGACAGGCAACUUAUUGUCCAUAGUGAGAAGCGAGGCAGCGAACGACCCUGCGCCGGCCACAAAAGUGAGACACAGUUGUCGGUCUUUGUUCGUGUCCUGCACUGCGCCGGUCGUAGUUCCGCCAAUAAUCAUGCCGCUGGUAACGAGUCCAAACUUAUCAGCAUUUUCCAUCGCUUCAUCACGACGUUCUCGUAA